CCCUCCCCUUUACCCAUGGAGGGGCGGGUUUCGCCUGUUGAAGGUGAUGAUAGUGAUGAUGAUCCUAUAAUGCCACCACGUCCACCUCCACCACCGCCACCGCCACCACUACCUUCGUCAUCUCUACAGGCCCACUGCUCCAAAACUUAUGUGAUCCAAAUACCUAAAAAUCAAAUUUAUCGCAUUCCACCUCCUGAGAAUGCCAUCAUCGCAGAACAUUACCGCACUCCAGAUAAAAACAAUAAGAACAAAGUAUGCUGUUCCAGCUUGUGGAUAAUUGGUGUCAUCUUGGUUGCUGCCAUAUUAAUUGGGCUAGCCCUAGUGGUCUUGUACUUCAUGUUUAGUCCUAAAGUUCCUAUAUUCUCCAUUGCGCACGUCCUAGCUAAGAAUAAUACACACUCUUCACCUCAUAAACAUUCUGGGCCAAGGUACGAAAUCUCCAUGGAUGUCAAGAAUCCGAAUCAGUUCAUGGCAAUUAGUUACAAGCAUAGGGGGGUUGCCACAUUGUCUUUCAAGGGCAAAAAGAUUGCUAAGGGCGAGUUUCCAACAUGGUACCAAGGAGAGAACAGUUCUAAAAGGAUUAAACUUUUCUUACAAGGAGCAAAUGCAGCGGUGCCUUAUGAGAUUGGGAAGACCAUGAAUGGCAAGAAAUCGAAGGCACUAGUCUCUUUAGCUCUAGAUGUGAAAGUUCCUGUGAAGGUGAAAUUUGGUGCGAUUAAGACGUGGAGUAUGGACACGAACGUUGCAUGUAAACUUAAGGUGAGUACAUUGGGCGUGGGUUCGCGGAUAUUGUCGCAAGAAUGUCACACGGAAUUCAAGUUCUAGAAAGUUGAGGCAAUGAAUAUUGGCGUCGGUCGUACUCAAGGUCAGCUAUAUUGAAUAAUUUUGAUUAUGCUCAUUUUCAUCGCCAUAUCCCUAGUGUUAGUUCCUCUGCAGUUUCUUCAUCGAAACCUUUAUUUCAUCUAAUUCAAAGGACGAGAUUAUAAUGUAGUAAGUACAUUUAAGUAGUUUCAUAUGUCUAUUAUUUAAUAGACAGCUGCUCAUUACUUAAUUAGAGAGCCACUUAAAUGUAUUGCAUUAACAUAUAUGAUUGAGAUCGAUAAAAUUUAAGAUGAACCAAAUUUCUCUAAUUAAUUGUUUGAUUACAUCAAGUGGAUAUUCGUAUUUUUGCACCAAGUUAUUUCCUGACUCGAAUCUUGGCUGCCACUACAUGUACGUUUUCAUCUUAUUUUUGUAAUGGACAAAUUAGAUUUAUGAAA